GCCACCUUUCUACAUCGGUUUUGCACACGCCUCUUCUUGCGCAAAACUCGAUGGAACUGAGCCAAUGGCAAGACGGGCGUCAGGCCUUGCAACCAGCAGCUGAACUGCAUGAUUAUCAGCGUGUGCAGCGGUUCUGCAUGUCAGCCAGCGCAACCCUGGCUCUUUUGCUGGCCGCCCGUGGCAUCGUGUCCCAGGUCUUUGACACUGGCGAGCUCAACCCCGAGCCGCUGUCAGUGUCUCCCACGCCGUCAACGCGGCUUGAGACGCCAGUUGCUUUGCCUUGGCCGGCGCCCGUCGUGUCAUCAGCUCCAUCCCAGGUGCAGGCGCUCCACCAGCUGCCGCUGGUGCAGGGUUGCCGAAACUGCUGCAGCGAGGAUGACCGCAACGCGCCUUGUCUAGAUGUUGAGUCCUGUGCAGCCGCAGGCCCGGCAAAAGGACACUACGCGAUGGCGUUGAGCCACUGGGGAAGGCCCAGCGAGGGCAUGCUGGGCUCCAUCAAGUCUAUGCGCGCUGCUGCAGAUCUCCUUGGCCAGACUGACCUGAUUAUGGUCAUGCUGAAAUCUGAUGCUGAGAGUAUGACACCCAGAAUUGAGAAACUCUUCCAGAAGUGGGGCAUCAAGCUUCACACCGUGGAUUGGGAUGUACCUCCAGACAUGAAACAUCAUCCAAAGACAGACUGGUGCGGGCACCAGGACCUCAUCCGCCUGCACGUCCUUGGACUGGAAGGCUACGAUGCCGUGGCAUACUUUGAUGGGGACUGCGAGUUCCAGGGCGACAUCACUCCGAUGAUGCGCUGCGCAGCCUCCGGGAAGUUUCUGAGCACCUCCGGCGGCAUGGGUGAGGCGCUCAACGUGGGGUUCUUCGCCACACGCCCCGACCGGAGACUGGUCCAAGCCGCGGUUUUCUUUGCCAGGGAGAAUGCAUAUGACCACGACACUGGCUGGGGUGGUGCUGGAUGGGCACCCAACGGGGGGUACUACGUGGGAGGCGAGUGUGGUCAAGGCUUCUUCUACACCUUGUUCUACAGGAAGUCAGAAGGCAGCCGGCGAGCUCUGCAGAGCGUGGGGCUGUGGGAGAGCUUUCAGUCCGCGCAGUUGGACCGCUGCAUCUGGAAUUACCAGACCGACAGCUCUUGCGUGGAAGACCUAGACUGCCGCCAUGUCAGGGUUCACCACAAGCCCACACGCGAGCGGGGGUCUGAAAGAGAGUGCGACAAGCUGAAGUUCAGGAAGCGCCGCGAGAAGCUCCUGCUGCAGCAGUAUGCGUCCCGGCCGCCGCCCAGCGAACAGGAGCUUCGUUGGGCCAAAGAAGGCCACUUGCUGAAGCACUCUGCUGGGCUUUGUUUACGCCCGGUGGAGGAGGGCGAGACUACACUGAUGCUGCUGAGUUGCGCCUUCCCGCCUGAGGACAAUUUCCGAAUCGUGCCGCAGGGCAGCAAGACGGAAUUCGUGCUGCUGAAGCAAAACGGCAAGUGUGCGCACAGCGAGGGCGACGAGGACCCGGAGAUGAUGCCGAAAGAGCCAAAGGUAGCUUUCCCUGUGAGCUGCGAGAUGGCCGCGGCGAAGUUCCGGAAGUUGCCGUCCAAGGCUGUGCCGGGCGGCUUCUUGCUUCGCCACGAGACUGGCAGCUGCAUACAUCCUUACGAAGGCCAAGAAGAUCCCAGACCGAACACGGACCUGAUCUUGCACUCCGAUUGCAACCAAGACCGGAAAGCCUUGACGUUCAUCGAGGACGCGUAGUCCAACUUUGCGGCCUGGAUCGUCCACGACAGCCAAGAUUCUCGACAGCCGUCCCCGUCCACCGCCAAGAUUCCCUUCGAGGAAGAGGUCAUGGAGCCGUCAGAGAACUUGGAGAGCCAUACAGCGCAUGCAGCUAAUCGUCAACGUAUGCUCAAAAAGCGGAGCGAUCAGGAGUUUUUUGGAAAGGGGAUUGCGUCAUAUGAAGAGUGAGCAUGUAUGGCG